UCUGUAUAGACAAACCAGUGUCGCGCACACAUCCACCACGCACAGGGAGAGAGGUAGCUGUAGAUAAAGAGGGUAUGUAUGUACACAUGGACAGGAAGGAGAUCCAUCCACUGUCACGAGCGGCGCCGACGCACGCACAUGGAACACACAGGCAGACAUCCGAGCGGACGUGCAGCACACAUGCGACGUGAUGAUUAUGGACGCAGCAUUCCGAUGGAUAGAGACAAAGCGGCGACACACGCGCAGACACGUUCACAUGCAUCCUGCGAUAGACAGACCUCUCUCACGUCCGCCAAUAGAUACACCCAUGGCACCACCAUAGAGACAAGCACACUCAUACAUGCGACCACUCGGAAAAAUGGCAUGAAGCGGCACAUGAUCCCGCCGGCCGACUCUCUCUCACGCCCACCACACACAUCUCGACAGCUCUCGCGUCGUCAGCGAGAGCAUGAUUUGGCCUACCGCACUCAGCCACUGCCCUCCGACGCCUGAAGACAUCGAGACAUUCAUGUGUGCCUUCCUCCCCUUCCCUCCCUCACUCUUGCCCCUCUCACCUGCAGUGUGUAGAUCUCCAUGUCGGCACACGUGAAGCUGACAGUGGCCGCCAAUGUGGCGUCUCCGUCGUGGAAGUCGCCCCGAUACGUCUUGCCGUCAGGGAGCUCACCCCUCUCCAGCCACUGCUGGCAGCGGCGGAGGUCGCCAGCCGGCCCAUCCUUCCCAUGCCCCAGCCACAGCCGACCGUUUGCGAUGCACACCUUGCCAGUUGGCUCACCCUUGUCGUUCUUCACCGCCCCCUCCGUCCCGGCGACAUUCACCCACUGCUUGUUGCUCGGCACGGCGAUCUGGACGAUGCCGUCACCCCCCUCGAAUGCGCCGCUGAUGGAGUAGAAGGUGACGGGGCAGGUGGUGCGCAGCUCAGCUUUGGGGUCUGACGGGGCGAUGAGGGGGCCGUCAAUGUGGCAGGCAAAGCGGUGGCGGCGGGUCUUAUGCUCACACUCGAUGACGAACAGCAGGCCGCCUUGCAGACCGUCUGCCCGCUGCACCAACGUCUCAAACUCACAGUCGUCAUAGGAAUUCCUGACAGACACACACACAGGAGGUCAGUUCUCUGCCGCCCCUGUGCUGUUUGUGUGUGGUCUCUGUGACUCACCUGAGGAUGCAUUUGAUGUGGCUGUGGGAUUUGCCGAUCAUCGAGAGGUACACCUGCUCCAUGAGGCCGUACAUCUCACACGCAUACAGCAGCUCGUCGAACGAACUGCUCGUCGGCAGCGGCCUGGCGGCGUCGGGGGCGAUGCGAAUGCGGCGAAUGUAAUCGACGAUCCUGCGCAACACAACACAACACCACACCAUCACGCCACACACAGAUGGAUCGAUGUGUCCGUGUUUGUCAGAAUCGUCAUGUUACUUGUAGAAGUGGUCAGCGGAUACGUGGACCACUGGCCCUCGAUACCUGCACACAUACAGACAUCCACAAGCAGCCGAGGCGAUCGAUGACCACCGAGUCAUCUGAUGUCUUCUGGCCUGUGUGUGUUCCCUCCUACUCGGUGAAUCUUUUCUUGAGUGUGUCGAAGUCGUCCAGCGUGGCAUCGGCUGUAGCCACCGAACGGCCCUCCACAAACACACUCAGCACCUCACUCCCGCCCGUCCCGCCCGCCACCGAUGAGUCGAUGAAGGCCCCCAUCGCAGCCAUAAAGCCAUCGAAGGCGGCACUCUUGUGGUCGCCGGUCUGCGGCUCGAUGGUGAGGUCCGUCUUGGCCAAGAACCGGUUGUGGUAGAAGGCGAAUGCAGGCGGGCAGCCCUCACAGAUCUCCUUGACGUCGAUGCGGUUGUCCCUCAGGUAACGAAGCUUGACACUCAACCUGAACACAGAUGACCAUGACAACUGCUGCAUGCCCGCCCAACAUGCCCUUUUCCUCUCACCAUUUGAAGUAAUCUGGAUCUGCAUCGACGAAGGGAGUGCCGUUGCCGUGCGUGAGCAGCCAGUCGCCAAAGCGAUGAAGCAGAACAGCCAGGCAGGUGCCCUUCAGCUCAUCGUGCAGCAGCGAAUCACGAGGGAAUGUCAUGACCGUCCCGCCAAUGUCCAGCAGCAUGGCUCCGUUACUGCCGACGAUGAGCAUCUCUCCUUCGUCACGCGUGCCGGCAGCCGAUGAAUGUGAGCAGCCCAUGGCGUGCAGAUGACAAAUCCGAUGACUGCCGUUGCGCCAGACAGACAGAUCUCGGUACAGCCGGCCCUCUUCUGUGUCCUCCAGCGCCUGAAACCUCG